AAGCGACUAGCGUCUCUGGUUACCAUUCUGCCCCACAAUGCAUCACUUCUCAUGGAGCCUUUGAGGUGAAUGGAUUAAACAUAAUAAAUGAUGGAGAGGGAACCGCACAACUGCGUAGUCUUCAACGCUUCUAAAAGAGAAGUGUUCACGGCCAACAAUGGAUACAAGUCAAUGCAGAAGAGACUACGAGCCCAGUGGAAAAUCCAGAGCAUGAAAGAUGAGCUGUCUAUGGAGAGGCUACAUGGCGUCAAGUUGUGGAUCACUGCAGGUCCGAGAGAGAAGUUCACAGCAUCAGAGCUGGAGGUGCUGAAGCACUACCUGGAUGGAGGAGGAAACGUCCUGGUCAUGCUCGGUGAAGGAGGAGAAAUCAAAUAUGACACUAACAUCAACUUUCUCCUGGAGGAGUUUGGAAUACUGGUCAACAAUGAUGCUGUUGUGAGGAAUGUGUAUUACAAAUACUUCCACCCUAAGGAGGCGCUUGUGUCCAAUGGUGUAUUGAACAGAGAGAUCAGUCGGGCUGCUGGCAAAGUGGUCACAGGAAUCAUUGAAGAUGAAAAUGUUGGGAACAAUGCACAGGCUCUGACAUUUGUGUACCCGUACGGAGCCACACUGAGUGUGAUAAAGCCGGCCAUGCCAGUUCUUUCUACUGGUUCAGUCUGCUUUCCCCUCAACAGGCCUGUCUUGGCCUUCUAUCAAGGAAAGGAGGCUGGCAAACUGGUUGUGCUGGGUUCGUGCCACAUGUUCAGUGACCAAUACAUCGACAAAGAAGAGAACAGUAAAAUCAUGGAUGUCAUGCUCCAGUGGCUCAUGACUGACAACAUCCAGCUGAAUCAGAUUGAUGCAGAAGAUCCAGAGAUCACAGAUUACACCAUGUUGCCAGACACAGGGUGCUUGUCAGAGCAGCUCCGAGUGUGUUUACAAGAGGGUGAUGAAAACCCCAGGGACUUCACCUCUCUCUUUGACAUGUCGUUGUUCAAUUUGUCAACUGACACCUUACCCCAAGUCAUCGGUGCCUACAAACAGCUUAAUGUAAAAGACGAGCCACUUCAGCUGAUCACACCACAGUUUGAGACUCCUCUGCCUCAGCUUCAACCUGCAGUCUUUCCACCGGCCUUAAGUGAUCUACCUCCACCCAUGUUGGACCUGUUUGAUCUGGAUGAAACGUUCUCUUCUGAGAAAGUGCGGCUAGCACAGCUCACCAAUAAAUGUACAGACGACGAUCUGGAGUUCUAUGUGCGUAAAUGUGGGGAAAUUCUGGGUGUGACUCCAAAGUUGGAUAAAGAGCAGAGGGAUGCCAAGCACAUCUUGGAGCACAUUUUCUUUCAGGUUGUAGAGUUCAAGAAACUCAAUCAGGAGCACGACGUCGACACAGAGGCACGUUUCACGCCAGUGUGAGAGGAUUCAAGAAACAUCUUCAACUCUGCCUUAUCAAUAUACAGGUUGUUCACUGAAAUUGUCACAGUGGGAGAAAGGGGGUCUGAUGAGAGGCAGAGAAAACCCAGGCUCGACAGCCUGGAGUCAGAUCCAUCAGCCAUCGUUUCAUUUGAUGCCCUGGACGUGGACAGCUGCUCCAGCGACAAAGACAACAUCAAACUCUGUUCACCAAAGAACUUCCUGUCAAGCUCCGAUGGAGAUGAACACUCGAAGCUUUUCAUAUCUAGGAAGUAAAAUGUGACACAUCAUCUGAUCAGAUUAAAAUGAAUUUCAUCUGCAGAAUAAAAACCAAUCUUCUCACCUGUAAUCACGAUAGCUUUCUCCAUUGUUCCCCUGGGCCUUUGAGUGUCAGCUGAGGUCCAGCUGGGUUUUAUCUGGGGCUGC